CACCGUCGCUCGUCUGACGUCAUCACCGUGUGGCAACGUGAACAGAGAGCAUUGCGUUCAUUCAUGGCGUGUAGCAGUCCAUUCAGUCCUAGUUGCUGUAAACAGUCUUCACUCGUUGUCUUGUAGCUCUGGCAGGAUGAGCAUGGAUGUGACGUUCCUCGGGACCGGCUCGGCCUACCCGUCUCCUCACCGCGGAGCCUCGGCUCUGGUGCUGCGGACUCAGGGAGACUGCUGGCUGUUUGACUGCGGAGAGGGGACCCAGACCCAGCUGAUGAAGAGCCAGCUCAGAGCCGGUCGAAUCACCAAGGUUUUCAUCUCCCACUUGCAUGGCGAUCACCUGUUUGGUCUGCCUGGUCUCCUUUGCACCGUGAGCCUCAACACCAACCCCGAGCAGCAGAACCUGAACUGUGUGGACAUCUACGGGCCCCGGGGCCUCCGGCACUUUCUAAGGGUGACACUCGGCCUCACAGGAUCACAGCUGCUCUUCCCUUAUGCAGUACAUGAACUGGAGCCCACAACUGACCAAAGUCCAGAAGAGGGACAGCUCAGCCUGGAGGUGACAGCGGAGUGCGGCCCUCUGCACCCACAGGAGCAGCCGGGCAGGAUGAUCUCCCUGGAUGUCUCCAGUGACUGUUACCACCUCUUUGAAGACAAGAAGUUUGUGGUCAAGGCCUUCAGGUUGUUUCACCGCAUCCCCUCCUUUGGUUUUUGCAUUCAGGAGCAUGAUCGACCCGGAAGACUGAAGACUGAACUCCUGAAGGAACUAGGCUUGAAACCAGGGCCGCAUUAUGGGCGGCUGAAAGCCGGCGAGCCUGUAACUCUGGAGAAUGGGCAUAUCGUUCUGCCUAGUGAGGUGCUGGAAGAAGCCAUUCCUGGGAGGAAAGUCUGUAUCUUUGGAGACUGCAGCUCAGUUCUUGGGGAAGGACCACUGAGGCUGUGCAAUGGAGCGGACGUUCUGGUUCAUGAGGCCACCCUUGGGGACGAGCACCGAGAGAAAGCAGUGGACCACGGACACAGUACACCUGAAAUGGCAGCGGCGGUGGCUCGGGCUUGCUCUGUGCGGAGGCUGGUGCUGUAUCACUUCAGCCAGAGGUACAAACCCUGCUCCCUGCAGAAAGAAGGGGAUGAGGACGAUGUCUUAGAACUCAAGAGACAGGCAGAAGAUGCUUUACAGGACAGUGGAGUAGAAGUGACUCUGGCUGAGGACUUUCUUACUCUGCCCAUUCCUCUCAGAAGACCAUAGUAAUGAACUAUUAAUUUAGUUUUUAUAUUGCCUCAUUCUAUACUAUAUAUUGACAAUCUUAGCUCAAAGUCAAUUCACUUAUUAGCUUAAGCUUUCAACUGUCUUCAUCAGCAUAUGUAGUUUGCUCAUUUUGUCAUGAGUGUAGAUGUUAACAUUUUGGUGAUUCUGAGCACUUUUUGCACAUUUUGGCUUUAAAGUUGAGCUUGACAGUUCACUCUUGACCUUGGAAACAGCAGUUGACAAAACAAUCUCAGCUCAAGGGUUGCUCAGAAAAUUGGAAAGUUUGAACAUCUACUGCGGAUGUACUGUGCUUGAAAACACCAGACCAAGCAAAUCACCUUGAGCUUAUAUACUUUUUUCAACUGCUGUUUUUUAUGUCAGGAAUAAACUGCCAAGCUAAAUGACUAGUGAACUAAGGAUGGAUCGUCUUUUAGGGCGCUUUCACCAGCCGUAGUCCGUAUCAGAGUUAAAUAGAUACUUUUGGUUCAUUUUUUAUUUUGUCUGGUUUGUUUUUCACAGUGCACAAAUCAAAGCGGAACAAAUAAAAAAAUAAGUUGCUGAGGGA